AUGGGCAACAACUAUUUCUGCGGUGGUACAACAAGCUCAAUGCACUUGGGUCGCGAUGGUAUAAAUGGGCGACCUGGUGAACCUGGUAAACCAGGAGAUAUAGGUGAAGCGAUUAUUGGUCCUGUAGGACCAAAAGGUGAUAGAGGAGAACCAGGACGGGAUGGUGAUGAGGGUAAUAUCGGUGAUCCAGGACCACCAGGACCACCCGGUCCACCAGGUAGACCAGGAAUUCCAGGUGAAACAAUCACUACUAACAGAAUAGAUCCAUUACCUAUUGGACCACAAGGAGCUGAUGGAGCUCAAGGACCUAGAGGAGAUCCAGGACAAAAGGGUCAAAAAGGUGAACCAGGAAAGGACGGCAGAAAGGGUACUAAGGGUGAACGUGGUGAUGUUGGUUCACAAGGGAAUACUGGUAAAGUUGGACCACAGGUAAAUGCUUGA